AUGGUAAUGGGCAUAUCAGUGGUGAGUUUGGGAGCUCUUCUCAUGCUGCUAGCCCUGUGGUUACUGCUAACCUUUUCUGCUGGACACCAUGACACAUCCACACAGGGAUUCACACAAGCGCUUAAAUCUAGACUCCUGGCCUCGAUCUAUCAGUUUCUCCCCUGUUCUCCCUCUCCCUCCCCCUCCCUUCCGGGGCCUACCCCCUUACCUCUGGUGGGCAACAUGUUUGAGCUGGCACACGACCACCUGCCCAUUCACCUGACUACCUUGGCACAGCGCUAUGGCAACAUCUACCGCCUCAAGCUUGGCAGCACCACCAUGGUGGUGCUAAACAGUGGCGAUGUCAUUAGAGAAGCCCUGGUGAAGAAAUGGUCCGACUUUGCCGGGAGACCGCAUUCAUACACGGGAGACGUGGUAUCGGGGGGGGGGCGCUCCAUCUCCCUGGGUGACUACAGCGACGAGUGGAGGGCUCACCGCCGCCUGGCCCACAGUGCUUUGCAGCGAUGCACGCAGCAGUCUCUACACGGUGUCAUCCAGAAACAAGCCCUGCACCUAAGACAGGUGCUGUUGGACUACCAGGGCCAGGCUGUGGACCUAUCAGAGGACUUCACUGUGGCGGCCAGUAAUGUCAUCACCACCCUAGCCUUCGGCAGAGAGUAUGAGAAGAGCUCACAUGAGCUUCAGCGCCUGCACAGCUGUCUUAACGAGAUUGUGUGUCUGUGGGGCUCACCCUGGAUAUCUGCACUCGACUCCUUCCCCCUGCUGAGAAAAUUGCCCAAUCCUCCGUUUGCCCGUCUUCUUAAAGAGGUGGCGAGGAGAGAUGACAUCAUAAGAACACAUCUGAAUGAAUACAAGAUGCAAGAUCGCAAAUGUGAGGAUGCCAUCACAGGGUCCCUUCUCCAAGGAAUUGACCAAUCACAGGCCAACUCGACACAGGGAAUGGUACUGACAGACACUCAUGUCCACAUGGCCACAGUGGACCUUCUUAUUGGUGGAACUGAGACCACUGCUGCCUGGUUAAGCUGGACAGCGGCCUUCCUCCUACACAGACCGGAGGUGCAGAGCUUGGUGUAUGAGGAGAUGUGUAGGGAGCUAGGUGGACGCUACCCUCAGUACAGCGACAGACCCCGCCUCCCGGUGCUGUGUGCCGUUAUCAGUGAGGUGCUGCGGCUCAGGCCGGUGGCACCGCUGGCGGUCCCUCACCGAGCCAUCAGGGACAGCAGUAUUGCAGGAUAUUUCAUCGCCAAGAACACAGUCAUCAUCCCUAAUCUGUUUGGAGCGCACCACGACCCGGCAGUUUGGACCGACCCCUACUGCUUCAAACCAGAGCGCUUCCUGGAGGGCGGAGGGGCCUCGGUACGUGCUCUCAUGCCUUUCGGAGGCGGGGCCAGGCUGUGCCUGGGGGAGUCGGUGGCCAAAAUGGAACUCUUUCUGUUCACGGCCUACUUGCUGCGUGACUUCCAGUUGGUCCUCCCCGUGAACGAGGCUCUACCAGACCUGAGGGGCGUGGCUAGCGUGGUGCUCAAAGCCAAGGCCUACAAGGUGGUAGCGCGUGCCAGACCUACGUAACGUCUCCUACAGUAACUCUGCUAUCUGAUGGGUCGUGAUCUCAUUCUGAUGACGUUUUGAUACUCUGGAGUUUACAC